AUGCGGCCCAUUGAGGCUUCGAAGCGUGGUGUUUCCACAGCCUAUCAGUUCACCGGGUUGGGCCACACCAUAUCGACACUUGGCGGCUCACCACCAACACCACUUUCCCAUCCGCACCUUGACCUCCUCGGCCGCUCAUCCAGUCAUCCUCUUCUUCACGAACUCAACCCCAUGAGAGUUAAAGCUAAUAUUACGGCUCCGGUUUCGGCCGAGAAGCGACAACUGUGUGCUAGCUAUGAUGACAAUGUUGCUCAGAACAGGAAAAAGGCACGGUUUUCUCCUCAGCCGGCGCAGCCUGAUGGGUCUGCGCUGCCGCCUCCAACGACAUGGUUGAGCACGGUAAUGGAUGUUCCGGAUACAAGCCACGCAAGUUCGUGCUUGGAAUAUCAAAAUUCCGGCCCAUCCAUCGAUGAAGCAUCGAAUCAACAUGCCAGCUGGCAAGCCAACGAUGUAUCGAUUGGAAUUACUGACGAUUGGAGCUUCGGACAGACAAAUCCUGGCAGCUUUGGAAUACUCCUCGGACAAUUUGGACACGAAGAUGAUAUCAAGGUGGAUUUGGACAGCAAUGAAGGAGUGGACUGGGCCGGUCACGACAUUUCAUCGGCAAUGGACUCUACACCUACGAUGGUUUUUACACCAGCGAUGGAACUUGUGUUUCAGUCAAACGAACCAAAACUUCCCAGCGUACAACCUACUUUGGGAUCAACUGCGACUCCUGACCCAGUACACAACUUCCCGGCUCAUUCUGGUAAUGCCACAAAAGCAAACACUGCUGAACAGAUCCAGCAUCACGGGCUAGAUGCCCAUUCUGAAACAUGCUUUGGAGUCGUCCACACUAGCGUAACCACGUCCUUUACUCGAAAGCAGGACACAACGCCCGUCCCCGUUCGUUUAACGCCAUCCGAAAGCCUCUUGAAGCUCUACUUCAAAGAUUCAGACAAAUACGCAGGUAUCGUUACCGAACCUGCGUUGAACAAGAUACUGAUGGAAUUCGAUACAAAACUCGACGCGACGUUAAGCCCGCCCGUGGCGCAACAAGCUCCGCCGACGACAGCCUCUCGAAAAAAGGACAAACCCGAGUACCGUUCAAACUCGCACUCCUCACUUCGUAUCAUAGUUUACGGAACUAUGAAAGAUUGCUCCGAAAUUGGAAAGUUGUUGUCUGAUGUAGGCUUAUACCUUCAACAUCCGUCAGCCAAUGAAUGCGACAUGAACGCCGAGUACUUCAACCCGCACUAUCUUGUGCGCCCUGGCUCUUGCAUGCCACGGCUAGAUGAGCUAGAAAUAUCUCCCAGUGACGCAACUACAGCAUCUGCAGGCGGUCUAGACGAGACGAGCAAGAGUCGACUAAUGCGUAUCUUCGACUGCGCAGACGAUGACGGUAUCACGCCCAAAGCAGAGCCCAGUCCUCGACUUCGUUCAUCCCUGAAACGACAUCAACUCACUGCCCUUGCGAUGAUGAGCGAAAGGGAAUGUGGACUUGUUGAGAAGCCCCAAUUUCCAUCGAUCUGGGAGAGAUCUACCCUCCUCGACGGUACCUCGACCUAUCGACAUAAGAUCACAGGAAGAACGGACAGCCAUCCGUAUGUCGCACGUGGCGGCAUCCUCGCUGAUGAAAUGGGUCUCGGGAAGACACUGAGCAUUCUUUCGCUUAUUUGCUGGUCAAUCGAUUCGAUCAACAACGACAAGGCCAAAAAAGGAAACGAACAGUCGUCGUCAACACUCAUUGUGACACCCAAGUCAACAAUUCCCGGAUGGGAGGAACAGAUUCGAAGGCACAUAUUCCCAGACCAAAUCCGAGUCGCCGUCUACCAUGGCUCUGGCCGACAGAUCGUGGGGUCGAACUUUCAAAACAACGACAUCAUCUUGACAACUUACGAAACACUGAGGGCUGAGUUUCAUAGUCAAGGACCCCUCUACGUUGAAAAGUGGUUUCGUGUCGUACUCGAUGAAGCAAAUCAUAUCGGAAAUCGAUCCACCAUGAAGUUUAGAGCAGCCUGUGGCAUUCAAGCGCGACGGCGUUGGUGUCUCACAGGAACUCCUAUUUACAACUCCCUCGAUAACUAUGGUGCAUUGUUGAGCUUCAUUAGAGUUGCGCCUUUUGUCGACAAAACCCAAUUCGAUUUGUGGAUAUCAAAUCCGAUCAGAGACAAACGACGAAAUAUCUGGAGCAAGCUUCAAUUGCUCGUACGAUGCACGAGUUUGCGGCGAACGAAACAAACCACGGACCAGUCGUUGAAUCUCUCAACUCGCAAGGAAAAGAUCGAGCACAUCGACUUGCACCAGUCCGAACGCGAACUAUACGAGUUCUUCAGACAGCAGACCGCUACGAUAGCUGCUGGUUUCUGGAGGCAAGGCUCCAACAAUCAACCACCUGCAAACCAGGAAGACAAGAACAUGCUAUCACUGAUCAACCUUCUUCGACUUGCAUGCAAUCACGAAGAUCUGCUACCUCCCUCUGCGAUAAACGCGUGGAGAGCGAAGAAAAGCGAUGCUGUCGAUUGGCAAUUGAUGGAAUCAUCCACAGAGACUUGUGUAAUCUGCCAGGCAGGUCUUGAAGAAGCCCUAGAACAAUCCUCCGAGUCUACGUUGCAAUGCGGUCACUCGUUUUGCGCAAUGUGUGCUCUACAGAGAGAUGACAGUGAUACAGCGGACAUGAGCGACUUGUGUCCUAGAUGUUCUGCGGGAGCAACAAUGGGAACCGAUGCCAUUACCCCUUGUUCUGCAGGGGCUCACAAUCCAUCUUCAACCAAGAUAGAGGCCUUGGUAAGAAAUCUUCGUCUGGAACAGGCGGUAAACCGGCAGGGGAUUGAAAUUCCUCCCGUCAAAAGUGUCGUUUUUAGCUACUGGACGAAGAUGCUUGACCUGACACAGAUGGCUUUGCAUUCUAAUGGCUUCUCUUUCGAAAGAAUUGACGGCCAGAUGUCUUUACGAAGUAGAAGCGCCGCAAUUCACCGUUUUGCCGAAGAUAUGAGCUGCACUGUGCUGCUUGCAACCAUUGGUAGUGCUGCUGAAGGCAUUGACCUGACGGCGGCAAGUUUUGUACAUAUUAUGGAGCCCCACUGGAAUCCCAUGGUAGAAGCGCAAGCCAUUGCUCGAGUGCAUAGAAUCGGACAAAUACGCCCCGUCAUAGCUACCAGAUACGUGACUCGCAAUUCCAUCGAGGAGUACGUCCGAUGGAUUCAGGAAGACAAACUUAGUCUUAUAUCACGGUCUCUGAACUCAGACGACGUUUGGCAAAAAGACGUGGACGACGAAAGAUGGAAGGUAAUAUCCACCAUUCACAAACGUGACCAAAUAUCGGAACUAAAUUUUUUUUUAUUUAGAAACUUAGCCAUUUUAUUGGAAAGUGUGAUGGUUCAAGUGAUUUAG